AUAAAUAAAAACACUGAGGAAUGCCCCUCCCCUUUCACAAGACGCUGUCAAACGCCAAUAACGCCAUGACGUCACACGGACGUUUACAACGCUGAAAAAAUGGCUGCCUAGUAGUCGACAAGAAAUUUACCAGAUUCUUUUUUUUAAUGUUAUGACUACAAAUUGAAAGAUGUCGUCCUCCAAAGAACAAGCUAAAGAAAGCAAGAAGUUGCCAGGUGUUCUGAACCUGAACAAUGAGGUGGUGAGGAUGAGGAAGGAGGUGAAGAGGCUCAGGGCGCUUGUCAUCAGGAAGAUGACCCGGCAGAUCGCAGCCUUGAAGAAGAAGAAGGGAACCGUGGAGGACCUGGAGAGGAACAGAAGAAGAGUCGAAAGGCUGCUGGAAGAAAUCCACCAGAUGAAAGACCUCAAACCAGACCAGGUCACCAAAGCUGCCCUGCAGAAGAACCUGAGCUUUGAAAAGGUUUGCAAAAACCCCACGUCCACGCUGUGUGAGCGAGCCACAGCACGCAUCGCAUCUCACCCGCAGUUCAGCAAGAAGAUAGACGCCAUCAAAGCUGCUGUUAAGGCCUUCAAAGAGGAGAGGGUGAAGGCAGCAGGAAAGCAGACAGGGAGGAAUGAAAAGCAGCCUGACAUGUCAAAAAGCCAGUCGAAGGACUGUGAUGCAGAAAAACUAAAAGGCGUGGAGAACCAGGUGGUGGAGGUGAAGGAGGUUGUGGUACAGGAGGAGGAGGAGAAACAUGACAAGGAGCAGGUAGAAUGCAAGGAGAAUAAGGAGGAGAUGGAGGAUGAGAAGGUGAUGGAGGUAGAGGAGGAGGAGGAUGAGAAGGUGGUGGAGGUAGAGGAGGAUGAGAAGGUGGUGGAGGGAGAGGAGGAGAAGGGGAAGCAUGCAGCUGGAGAAGAUGGAAUUAAAGAGAGUGAGAAUGCAGCUGGAGAAGAAGCUUCUGAAACAGCAGAGAAAACAAGCCCUGCUAAAACUGGCACUCAGGUCAAGGUGUUGACAGAGACUAUGGCUUGCAAACUCAUGACAGUGCAGAACCCAGACACACAUAGUCUCCCACAACAAAACAAGGUCAAACAGACAACCGGCUCACAGAAGAGACCCAGCCUCAAACCAGACAAGACCGAGACAGAGGCUCAGAACACGGGGGAGGAGGAGGACAACAGGAGCCAAGAGGAGAGUGACUUGGAGUUGUCUGCCGGUGAGGAGGAGAAAGAGUACUUUGACGACAGCACAGAGGAGCGUUUCCGUAAGCAGUCCUCCCAGUCAGAGGAAAGUGAAGACGACGACUUCUUCCUAGGAAAGGUCCAGAAGUUCAAGAAGAAGAGGAGCAGCUCUGCCCUCCAGGGAGUUAGUGUGAGCAAGACUGAGCCAGGAACACACUCCACCUGUCCCCCUCACGCCUCAGACCACAACCAGGCAGAGCUUGACGAACUUGAAUCCAGGCUUAACUCCAGAGCCACCAAGAUGAAGUCAGUCUUCUGUUCCUCCCUGUCCUCUGGGUCCAGAAGGGGAGGAGGGAGGGGAGGAUCAGGGGGGAGGGGAGGGAGUCGGGGAAGGGGCAGAGGAGUAGGCUUUCAGAAUCAAACCCAGGAAGGAGGAGCCUCAAGAUUUCAGAAGCAGGGUAGAGGAGCAGAGAGGACACCCGCCCUCCCCAAGUUCAGCCGUAACCACGGAGACACAGGUCAUCAGUCACACGACAGCAGCUCUGUCGGGAGGGGGAGGGGCCGGGGGCGAGGAGGUGUCUCUAGGCAACAGGGCGGCAGGGGUUCUUCCCAUCAUGUACCUGAGCAGGCACUGCAUCCGUCAUGGGAGGCGAGCAGGAAGAGGAAGUUGCAGGGCAGCCAGAUCCAGGUCUUCCAGGGGAAGAAAAUCACAUUUGAUGACUGAAGCUUUGUUCUCAUCAGCCCUGGUGCCGGGCGGCCCUGGUGCCUCUGGUGCCGGGCGGCCCUGGUGCCUCUGGUGCCGGGCGGCCCUGGUGCCUCUGGUGCCGGGCGGCCCUGGUGCCGGGCCGCCUUACAGAGCAUCAUGUUUAGUUUCAGACUCGUGCCCUCAGCUCAUUGUGUUCGAGAGGCUCGUCUGAUGAAGGGUUCUCGCUAGUGCUGCUUGUACUGUUGCCCUCUGUGUUCUUAUUUUGAAAGAUCUGAGCUUAACCUUAUUACAUUAAGCAGAAACUUGUUCUGUGUUUGUACAUCUAAAUGAUCAUGUUUACCAUUUAUAGAGACAUUGUUAAUAAUUUGUGGUUGAGUACCAUGGGGACAAUUAUUUAAAGCUUCAAAUGUUGAGUUUUAUAGAUUUAGUUCUGUUUAUCGUAACUAAGGAAACACAAUUGCCACAGUAUUGCUUAUGAAGUAUAAGAAGUAAGGUUUAAAAAAAUAAAACGUUUCACAUUUCGGAUUUUCUAAAAUAAUUCCUCUGUGUAAACUCACCAAACGGAACAGACUGGAAUAUGAUCAAUUGUUGUGUGUAAUAAACAGUUAAUAAAAUAUAAUUCCUUU